AUGAGCCGCUUCGCUCUCCACGCUAUCGCUCAGAAACUGCAGUUCUCCAGUGGAGAAGAAGAUGAGGAGGUGGUGGUCGAGCCCAAGCUCUCUGACUUCCUUCGCGUCCAGGAAGAAAAAGCCUCGGCCUCCAGGAGAACGUGUGUCUCCCCCUUCAGCCGCUUCCCAGUGGGGGCCGAGGUGGUUCCUCCCUCCGGGGAAAGGAGGCGAACUCGCGGCCCUAGGACCCGUCUGCCCGGAAGGAGUGAGUGUCCAGAGACACCCAUCGACUGUAUGAACUGGAGGAAGUUGCGGCUCUGUGAUACUCCUUACACCCCCAAGAGCCUUUUCUCCAAGGCUGGUCAGCUCUCAACUGCUGCCAAAGGCCCUGUCUCUAGAAUUCGCCGGCCACUGGAGUUUUCUGCUGGUCCUGAGUGUCUCCAGGUCCCGUCAGUGAAUGUAAACCCCUUCACCCCCACAUUGUACCAUGAGUUGGGUCUCGCUCACAGUGGAAAGAGCCAGAAAACUGGAAAGAGGAAGAAAAGGAUUGAAGAUCGAAGCAGGAAAGAUCUUGCAACCAGAGACAGAGGCAUCACUGAGGAAUUGCUGCAAUCUAAGCGAUUUAACCUUCAUGAGAGCAACAUGGGCUCCCGUUAUGCUCUGGAGUUUUACGAGUUGGAGAAGAUUGGCUGUGGCGAGUUUGGGGCUGUGUUCAAAUGUGUGAAGAGACUCGAUGGCUGUCUCUAUGCCAUCAAGCGGCUGAAGAGACCCCUGUCCGGCUCACUUGAUGAGCAGACUGCACUCCGCGAGGUGUAUGCUCAUGCAGUGUUGGGACAUCAUCCUCAUGUGGUGCGGUAUUAUUCAGCUUGGGCAGAGGAUGAUCACAUGCUGAUACAGAAUGAGUACUGUAAUGGUGGCAGUCUGGCAGAUGUGUUGACUGAGAACUUACAAGAAGGAAUCUUAUUGGCUGAGGGGGAGCUGAAGGAGAUUCUACUGCAGGUGUCAAUGGGACUGAAGUACAUUCAUAGCUCCAGUUUGGUUCAUAUGGAUGUCAAACCAAGUAACAUCUUCAUCUGUCAGAGAGUGACCCCUGACGUGACAGGAUGUAUGGAAGAUGACAGUGAUGCUGAUGAGGAGGGAGCCCUGGUCACCAAUGUACUGUACAAAAUUGGUGACCUUGGCCAUGUGACAUCAAUCAGCAAUCCCCAAGUAGAGGAGGGAGACAGCCGCUUCCUGGCAAAUGAGGUUUUACAAGAGGACUACUCUAAUUUGCCGAAAGCUGAUAUUUUCGCUUUGGGUCUCACUAUGGCGUUGGCAGCAGGAGCAGAGGAACUCCCUUCGAAUGACAUGGCUUGGCAUUACAUCAGGAAGGGCAACCUUCCCACAAUUCCUCAGCAGCUGUCCCAUGACUUUUACAGCCUAUUGAAACUCAUGAUUCACCCAGAUCCUGUGGACAGACCAUCUUCUGCUGGACUGACAAGACACCCUGUGCUCCGUCAGAAUUCCAGGAAGCUGGCCUCCCAGCUCCGAAAAGAGCUCAAUGUGGAGCGAUUCAGGACAGCCAUGUUGGAGAGGGAGUUGAUGAAAGCCAGGCUCUCUCAAGGCUUCCCACAGACUGACCUGAAAUCUCUGCAUUCAGCCAAGAAAUCUCCUCUCCUUCCAGAGAACAGGAGCCAAAGACUUGUAGGGGGUCGAAGUAGCCGCUCUGUGAGCUUCAACUGUGUUGGAUACUGA